AUGAAAUGGAGAAAAAAAACGCUCUCUCUUUCAAAAUCUCUCGCCUACCACCUCUCUCUCUCUCCUUCCACCUCUCUCUCCUUCCACCUCUUUCUCUUUCCACUUCUCUCCUUCCACCUCUCUCUUUCACCACCUCUCUCUUCUUCCACCUCUCUUCCCUUCCACCUCUCUCUUCUUCCACCUCUCUCUCCUUCCACCUCUCUCUCCUUCCACCUCUCUCUUCUUCCACCUCUCUCUCAUUCCACCUCUCUCUUUUUCCACCUCUCUCUUCUUCCACCUCUCUCCCCUUCCGCCUCUCUCUCCUUCCACCUCUCUCCUUCCACUUCUCUCUCCUUCCACCCCUCUCUCCUUCCACCUCUCUCUCUUUCCACCUCUCUCUCUUUCCACCUCUCUCUUCUUCCACCUCUCUCUCCUCUCACCUUACUCUUUUUCCACCUCUCUCUUCUUCCACCUCUCUCCCCUUCCACCUCUCUCUCCUUCCACCUCUCUCUUCUUCCACCUCUCUCUCCUUCCACCUCUCUCUCCUUCCACCUCUCUUUCUUUCCACCUCUCUCUCUCUUUUUCCACCUUCCCGUGAUUGCGUGCGUGCUUAUUUAUAUUUCAGCUUUCCUUAUACAAAGAAUAAUUUAA